AUGUUCGCUAUAACCUGCGAAGGUCUCGCCGACGUUCCAUCGGGCAACCAAGUGGUGGGAUCCGCCAUCGCGCUCGACAACAACGACGGCUUGACGGAGCGGAAGCUGAGAAGCAGCGCAACUACGACGCCCGUGGAGGAUGGUCCCGACGAUGAGGAGAGGGCGGCCUUCAGCAUUAAAGAGGGUUUCAGCAAGCUGAACAAUAUCUUCAAGAAGAACCCUGACGUGACCAAGACGCUGCAGAAGGCCGAGAGUACCAAGCUUACUGCGAAGGAAGUAGCCGCAGUCCGAUCGGCUAUCGCAAAGAGCCCCGACAAGAUGUCUCGGAAAGAGUUGCUCCAACUUUUAGGAGUUCUGGUGGGCGUCUUUGUAGUCUUCCCUGCAGUCGCCGUUCCUAUCGUGCACAAGCUUACCGAGCCCUAG